AUGAUACCUCAUAUAAACAGCCUUAUUUUGGAUGCUACAAGUAACUAUGGUAUAGUUGAUACAGAUUCAGCUUUCGAUUUUGGUCGUCCAGUCCUUCAAAAUUUUGUUAACAGUAGUUUCGAUGACAAGGACCUUCUGCACUGGAAUUUCCAAAGUGAACCAUUCGAGGCGCGAAUUUUAAAAGGGAUGGAACCUGUAAAACCGUCAACAAUUACUACACAAGUAAAAGGCAGGGGAAAAAAUACAAAGAAAAUUGGAAAGAAACUCAAGAAGAAACACAACCGCAUAGGUAAAGUGAAGAAAUGCAUCUUAAAAUUAUACAAGAAGCAUAGAAAACACAAACAUAUCAUGAUGAAGCGCAAAUAUAUGCUUCCACUACUCAUAGGAUUGCUGGCUGCUAAAAAUCUGCUCAUAUCAAUCGCUUUAAAGACGCUCACUUUUAUAUCUGUUAAGGGUCUUCUGAUGAGUAUCUUUUCAACCGUUUUGGCAUCAAUUCUGAGCCUCAAGGGUAUAUUAGACCACUCGCACGGCUAUCAGAACCGUAAAGAUGACACCAAAACCCAAGUGGAAAUCAUUCAAAUCCCUUCAAAGAAUGAUGAUCACUAUUACAAUGAACGCUAUAGCAGAGGGGACUAUGUACCAAUGGUUCAUAAUCAGCUUUAG